GUUUUCUCAAAGUAAUGAUAGCAUCGCCAGGGAUAAGAGGCCUCGUUGGUUACAGGUCGUUGAGCGAUUACCGGGCAGAAAAACGCGAGGUUCCCUCAGAAACAGAUAUUACGGCAGUCCGAUCCAUCUAUAAUGGAUCAAAAAUGAUGCUCGAUGUCGCAAAGCAUUGGAUGGACACUUGUUCCGCUACUCAUCCAAAAUGUGCGGUCCAACUUAAUACUGAAUUCAGAGCCCCAACUCGUCUAUUAGAUGUAGCCAAAUUUGAACACAAUCGAACCGCGCGCCUUGUGUUAUCAAAAGACCUGGAAGAAGAUCUUCGUUAUCUGACGUUGAGCUAUUGUUGGGGAGGCAAAAGUGCUCUAAUGCUUAAGAACUCAAACAUCGAGGAGUUAAGAGAGGGUAUAUCCUUAUCCAUGGUACCUUUAACCAUUGCACAAGCGAUUGAGGUCACACAUCGCCUCGGAUUCCGUUACCUGUGGGUCGACUCACUUUGCAUCAUUCAGGAUUCGCCGGAAGACUUCUCUAAAGAGUUACAAUUGAUGGGUGAAAUAUACAGACGUGCUUAUUUUACGAUUGCUGCUUCAUCAGCCACCGACUGCACGCAAGGACUUUUACAUCAGAAAAACUCUCUACAGUUUUUUCCGUGCAGAAUAUCAUGUGUCAAUUCUGUCGAGAUCUUCAUCCAAGAAUCCGCUUCCCUCCCCACUCCAGAGGAUGUACGAGCUAUGAUUAUCGAUGAAGGUCCUUUGAAUAGAAGAGCCUGGGUUGUACAAGAGCGACUGCUUUCUAUGAGGACUUUGCAUUUUGGGCUCAAUGGACUACUUUUCUGGGAAUGUGAUACUUGCGAAGCGUUCGACGGGAGACCUCAUGGAACUAUCAUACAGUCACGUACAUGGGACGCGGACCCUAAAUUCGCAGCUCGAACGCUACUCCAAACCCCACGGGAUUUGUACAAUGGCCUAUCAUCUGGAGAUAUUUCUUUGGCCGCCGCGGAGAGGUUAAGAGAUCCUGAGUACCAAGGAUUGGCUUCUUCUGCUGCCAUCACCGGCAUUGCUGCUCGAGACUUCUUCUUCUUCUGGCAUAUCCUGAUAAUGUACUACACUCGAUGCAACAUAACAAAGAUCACUGAUCGUCUUCCUGGAAUCACUGGUAUUAUGAUGGAAAUUCAAAAGGCAUCUGGAUUCGCAAUACAUGACGGCAUUUGGCAUUUUGACAGCCAUUCUUGUGCAUUGGAACUUCUUUGGGCCGUGACCUCUCACCACGGCAAACGCAUCGAGAAUAGAGCGCCAACAUGGUCCUGGGGAGCUGUAGAUACUAGUAUC